CCAUUUUGAUCACAGUACGCCUGCAAGCUCCACAUUGUCCAGUCGUCGCGUUGCAGCUCUGUCACUUCGACGUCUGUGUUAUUUGUAUUGACCGUAUAUAAACUAUUUUAAGUUAGCUCCGGGCUUUUAUGCAUGUCCCGACUCCGUCUGAAGUGGAUGGUCUAAUUUAUUUGUCGACAUUGGGGGAGUGAAGGUGAACAAUGACUCAGUUUUUGCCACCGAACCUUUUGGCCCUUUUUGCCCCGAGGGACCCUAUCCCUUUUCUGCCUCAGCUGGAGAAGCUGCCACAUGAAAAACACCACAACCAACCCUACUGUGGCAUCGCCCCGUUCAUCAGGCACUUCGAGGACCCCAGAGAUGCCCCUCCACCUACAAGGGCAGAGACCCGGGAAGAGAGGCUGGCGAGAAAGAGGCGAGAGAAAAUUGAAAGAAGACAAACAGUAGUGGAGACUGAACUGAAGCUUUGGGACCCCCAUAAUGACCCAAAUGCCCAAGGGGAUGCUUUCAAGACAUUGUUUGUUGCCAGAGUGAACUACGAUACUACAGAGUCCAAGCUUCGCCGUGAGUUUGAGGUUUACGGCCCCAUCAAACGGAUCUACAUUGUCUACAACAAGAAGACAGGGAAACCUCGUGGAUAUGCCUUCAUUGAGUAUGAGCACGAGCGUGACAUGCACUCUGCCUACAAGCAUGCAGAUGGGAAGAAGAUUGACGGAAGAAGAGUGCUGGUGGAUGUGGAACGAGGACGCACUGUCAAAGGAUGGCACCCUCGUAGACUAGGCGGAGGAUUAGGUGGGACUAGAAGAGGUGGUGCAGAUGUCAACAUCAAGCACUCAGGCAGAGAUGAUGCAUCUCGCUACGAUGAUCGCCCCCUGGGAGGAGAUCGGGAUCGUGGAGACCGCAGGGAGCGUAGUCGAGACCGUGACAAGGACAGAGAGCGUCGGAGGUCCCGGUCUCGUGAACGUCGCCGUCGUACCCGUUCCCGCGAGCGAGAAAGGGACAGACAAGCGGCAGGAGGAGGGGAGGACACCGGCAGUAACAGCCGACGACGAGAGCGAGACCGUGAUCGCGUGGCAACAGCUGGUGGAGACAGCAGGAGCAGGGAAAGGAGUAGGGACCGGGACAGGAAGAGGAGGAGUAGAAGUCGGGAUCGCAAACGAGACCGUGAGAGAGGAAAGGGGGUUGAGGGCGAGGAAGUCAGCCAAGGAGAUGGUGGCCCUGAAGCUGGGGAGCGCCUGCCAGAGGAAGCUGAAGGUGAAGCAGGUGAGGGUAUGGAGGAGCGCAGGGACAGGGAUAGGGAGAAGGAUCGGGACCGCAGACGCAGCCAUAGGGACAGAGACAGGCGUAGGGGAGACCGGGACAGAGAACGGGAUCACAAGAGGGAGCGGGGAGAGAGGGGUGAGCGUAGGGAUGACCGCCAUGGCUCCGUAAGAGAAGACAUGGGCCCCCAAGAUGAUGUGCCCAAUGAGGAAGGAGGCGAAGAAGCACCCAACAUGGAAGAGUACAGUCAGGAUGGCUUGAUGGACCAGCAGUCUGUGCCUGAUGGAUACUGCUCUGGUGAGAACGGCUACAAGAUGGAGGCAACAGGAGAUGAGUACUAAUUCAGAACCCACCCACAGACUCACUCAUAAAAGUUGUUUCUGUACUAUGGCUUUCUAACCUAAUGCUGUGACAAAGGUAUGUGGUCCAUAGCAAGCCUUCGUCCCAACAAGAAAAUAUUUCACUUGAUAAGUUUCACAGUGUGUAACUUGAUUUGUGCCACUCAAGUCUAUUUCAACUAUUCAAGCUCUUCAUUUUGCCUCUUGAUUGAAGAUGUUUAAACCCUAAAUCACACGUUGUCAUCUUUGUUUUCAGGUUUAUGCUGUUAGAUUCCAAGUCCAAUUGGUUACAGACACAGUGAAAUGUAUGAAAAUUGAAGGAAUUUCACAAUGGUUCUGUUGAAUAAAGCUUUUUUUUUAAACUUUA